UCUUUCGACGUUCCUAUACGCGCAAUUCCGUGUCACACGUGAGUGCACUUGUGGAGUUAAGAUCCAGUACGCUCUUGUCGCACAGUCAGUGUCAAAGUGGUCAGUUAGACAGAAUGAUCUUGGUACAUUGGCGGGACGCUGAUUGUCGGAAUAUCUAACUUUGUCGACUUUAAUCUACGUGUGCAGUUCAAGUUCACAAGUGAAAUUGUUGUGAUGUAAUCACAAAAAGUUCGCAACCAUGGAUGAAGCUGAGAAGCCAUCCGUUGCACCUACAUUACCUCCACCAAGAAAAAGAGUGCAGCUGGAAAAGGCUGUUAGCAUGCAGUCUCUAGUAGUAACGACUCCUAUUUGUCAAAAAUCAAAGACUGCCAAUCCGCCCCUUCUCACUCGAUGGCUUGGAUCAAAAAGACAUGCGAAACACGAUCCCGAAGAUGGAUGCACAUCAGAUGAUCGUUCCAUGGAAUAUGGAACGCCACCACCAGUGGAAGAACCAAAUUGUUAUUCUAUGUGUUUAAGUGAAAGUUCGUUCUCCGAUGAAAAUAACUGUAUAGUUCGGGUCACAAACGAUUUGAUUCGAAACCUUCUGAUAGAACACAUGCGUGGAGUAGGUGGUCGUUUACAGCUUUUAGAUGAUCUAGAAACUCAAAAAAUUACUAUUGACAGUGUCGAUAAUUUGAAAAACAUUUACAAGCCUUCGGAAAUCAAUGCUUUGCUCUUGCACGCAAGUUUCCUAGGCCGAGGAGAUUUGAUUCCCGGGUUGCACAGGCGCGGCGCUGACUUAAAUCACUCAGAGCAAGAAUUAGGCCUAACGGCUCUUCAUCUCUGUGCAUAUAGCAACUCCCUUUCCGGUGUAAAUUAUCUAAUUUAUAAUGGCGCCAACAUAAAUUCGAGAAAGGCGCACACUCCCUUCCACUAUGCAGCUUUUGGUAAUUCCCUGGACGUCGCUCAGGUCUUCUUAAAGAAGGGAUUCCCCCAAGAAUCUCCUCUUGGCGAUGAAACUGUGCUUCAUUCGGCUGCUAGGAAUAACGCAAUAAGUGUUCUCAAAUUGUUGGCGCCGAACAAUCCUUCUUUAAAUCGACUAGACAAUAGUGGUUAUGCUCCAAUUCAUCAUGUGGCUGACAGAGGUGACCCUCAAUGUCUACAAGAACUUUUAUCAAAUGAUUGUCAAGUAGAUUUGCCCACCAGAAAGGGCGAUACUGCGUUACAUUUGGCAGCGGAGGCUGGAUGUGCAGAAAAUGUUGAACUUCUUAUCAAGAAUGGAGCAAAAGUUACCAUAAAAAAUCGCCGAGGACAAACACCCUUACACUUAGCAGCACGAAUUCACUGUCUCGAAUGCGUAGAGAUUCUUCUCCAUAAGGCUAAUGCAAAUCCGAACACUGAAGACAAUGAUGGCAGAACGCCAUUGCAUCUUGCAUUAGGAAGAUCAUUGCUGGCUUAUGACAUCACUGACAUGCUGAUCACGCGGAGCGCACAUGUUAACAAGGCAGAUAAGUAUGGCUACACUCCACUUCAUGUAGCCGCUUUGAACGAGUUGUCUCAGUGCGUCGACAUUCUGAUUCAACACGGAGCAGACUUGAGUGCAAGGACGAAAGGAGGAACAACAGCACUUUCAAUAAUUCUGCGCAAAACUCCAACUUCGCUCAACAUCUUUAAACAGAGGCUAGACUCUUCGAUAACUCUUCAUCAGCACGGAUCAGCCACGGGGGAAGUUGAAUUGAGACUCGAUUUUCAUCCAUUACUGCAGCACCAGCAUGAAGGUGAAAUUGGCUACCUGGGCACUUUCGUCAAGGAAGGUUAUAAAGAGAUCCUCGAACAUCCUCUGUGUCAGUCGUUUCUACAUCUCAAGUGGCAGAAAAUUAGAAAGUACUAUGUGGGUCGAUUGUUGUUUUACCUGCUCUAUGUUCUCGUUCUCACAACAUGGGUGAUCACAGCUUUAGCUCAUAAUUGUUAUAAUGAGUCCCACGGACAAUUAGAUAAUCCUAGUACACCUUUGUGUGCAAACUCGACAGGACUAAAUGGGUUUAUGUAUAUGCAUCCGUUCGUUCUCGAGAUUGAAUGGUAUGCUUUGGUAGUUCUAACUAUACUGGAAGGUUUGAGAAAAUUGGCUGGUAUACUUACCUAUUUAUCGAUUAGACAGUUCUUUACUCAGGCGGAGAAUAUGGUCGAGUGGUGCGUUAUCGUGAGCGUUUUUGCGACUUCUUUUGUAUACACUGGGAGGACUUACACCUGGCAAAGCCAUGUGGGUGCCUUUGCUGUCCUCUGUGGUUGGAGUAAUCUGAUGUUGAUGAUUGGUCAGUUGCCUAUGUUCGGAGCCUACGUUGCUAUGUUCACGAGCGUCCAAGCUCAAGUUUUCAAAUUACUGUUGGCCUAUGCUUGUCUUUUGGUUGGUUUCACCGCAAGCUUCUGUGUCAUUUUUCCGAGGUCUAAGUCUUUCAGCAGCCCUCACACGGGACUGAUAAAAGUUCUGGUUAUGAUGACUGGUGAGUUGGAUUUUGAGGAAUUAUUUUUUCCAGGAGAAGAAGAAGGAGGUCGACCUGUAGGAGAUGUUGGAGGAACUUCUUGGAUAUUAUUGCAGGUUUCUGCACAAUUGUCUUUUGUACUCUUUCUUCUGUUUGUUACGAUUGUCCUUAUGAAUUUGCUCGUUGGUAUUGCUGUUCACGACAUAAAAGGACUCCAGAAGACAGCAGGAUUGGCCAAACUUGUGCGGCAAACGAAGCUCAUUUGCGAUGUUGAAACUGCUCUCUUUCUUGGUCUUUUACCAAGACGUUUGAUGAAGCUCUUACGGUGGACUGCUCUGGUUCUUCCAUCGCCUCUCAGGGCAGUUUUGACAGUACGACCUCUGAAUCCAAGAGAAACGAGACUUCCGCGUGAUGUGCUCACUUCUGCUCAUAAAGUUGCUAGAGAGCGAAAAUUUAUCUCUGGAACUUCGUCGAGUAAACGUAGCAGCAGUACCCCUUUUUCGUACCUGAAACACGAUAUGUACUCGUCUAUGAGGCGCGAUACAAAUUAUGAAGAUCUGUUUACCGAAAGUAAUAUUAAAUUAAAAAGUGAGGUUGCUGAAUUGAAGAAGAUCUGCGAAGAAAAUCACAAGUUGAUUCAAGAUCUUGUUGUGGCUCUGGCUUUAGAUAAACGGUAUAAUUCGGACAUAAGCACGGAAGAAUUGGAUCUUCCUCGACGAAUUUACACCAUUAGCAGAAAACCCUCAGCUCGGGUGUUCUGCAGAUCUGAGAGUUCAUCAUCGUUCUACAAAACAGAUACAACGGAGACUCGACCACCUGGUUUACCCCAAAAUAAGGAAGCGAAGCUUCGUCAUUAUUCCGUCGGUUGUAUCUACGAUCAUGUGAAAAAACAGGACCCCUUUUUCAAGCGAAUGAGUCCAAUUUACAAAUCUAUGAAAUCAGCGUGUUUAGAAAAAGAAAUUUCAGAUCUAAAAAACAACGAACCAAGUGGCCCUAUCGAAAUAGAUGCUGGAGAACCACCACCUGUCGAUGAAUCCCUUUUCUUCGACAACCUUGAGGCUCUCCGACGUGUUGAAAUUGACGGAACAAGCCUCAUGACAAGAAUAUGGUCCACCUUGACUGUAGCUGAAAUGAAAACUCUCUUAGAGAUGGAAAGAGGCAAUAUCUCUAAAUCAAGUAAUGGUAAAUUUUUCUUUAACUGUGAUGAAAGUUUUAAAAAUAUUUCAUUUUUGUGGGCUUGUUUUCGAGGUUUAGCACAUCUUCUACCCGUACUUGAAUUAACUGGAGUCGAUGUUCAUUUUGUGGAGCCUUGUACUGGUGUGAAUGCUAUAAUGGUUGCAUGUGUCUCUGGUAACAUCUCUUGUCUGGAAUAUCUAAUCAAAAGAGGCGUAGAUGUUAACCACACGAGUGGGGUAAAUAAUUAUACUUGUCUGCAUGUUGCUGCUAUUGCGAAUUCACGUGCAUCGGCAGAAUUGUUGCUAAACAAUGGUGCAAAGUUGCACACUCUGAGUAACCAAGAUGUGGAGCCAGUCCUGCAUUGUGCAAUUAAGGCUAAAUCGGAAUCAGUAGUAGAGCUUUUAAUCGAGAGAGGAAUUAGCCUUGCUCAAAAGAACCGUCUGGGAGAAAGUCCGGUUCAUGUGGCUUGUUUUGUUCAGUCGGUAAAUUGUGCAAAAAUGCUACUUUCCACGCCUGGAACUGAUGUUAAUGCUGUUGAUCGAAUGCACAGAACACCAUUGCAUUAUGCCGUUAUGAACACAUCCUCGUCAGCUGAAUUGGUUGAGCUUUUACUAAAGCAUGGUGCUCAAGUGAACGUCUUUGACAAAACAAGUUUCUCACCUUUACAUAUUGCAGCUUUGAAUGAACUUUCUCAUUGUGUUGAGACGUUAAUUUGGGCUGGUGCCGAUGUUAGUGCAACCACACAUUCAGGAUUGUCGGCUUUGAAUAUUAUUUUGAGAAAGAUUCCAGAAUCAUUGCAAAUAUUUCGUCGGAGAUUGGAUGCCUCGAUAAGAUUGAAACGUCCGGUUCCUCAUAAUAGAGAAUUUGAGAUGAGGAUGGAGUUUGAUCUUCUCUUUCCGAGUAACAAUCACUGCGAAACGAGCUUCAUCAACACCUUCGUUCAAGAACAUCGCAAGGAUCUUUUAUCGCAUCCACUUGUUAUGGCCUUUCUGCAUCUCAAGUGGGAAAAAAUCAGAAAGUUCUACCUCAUGAGGAUAUUUUUCUAUGCAUUGACAGUGAUAUGUAUGACAACUUAUGUUUUAACUGCUCUGGCUUACAGAUGUUACAACACCGAAGACAGUAGCAAAAUCUGUAACAGCAAACGCAUUUCAAGUUUCUUCUUUCGAAAACCGGUUAUUGAAGUUGAGUGGUACUUGUCGCUAGGUUUAACAUGUAUUUCAAUACCACGUAAGAUAAUGGGAUUUACUGUUUACAAAUCUAUAAAACAAUAUUUUUCUAACAUAGACAAUAUUUUGGACGCGAUAGUCGUGAUAAGUGUUUUUCUUACUUCGUUUAUCUAUACAGGAAAAACUUAUGAUUGGCAGAAUUACAUUGGAGCCUUUGGUAUUCUUUGCGCUUGGACAAAUUUAAUGUUGAUGGUUGGUCAACUUCCAGCUUUUGGGACUUAUGUCGCGAUGUUUACUCAUAUUCAGUUUGAAUUUGCUAAACUCUUGUUAGCCUAUUCGGGUCUACUUAUUGGAUUCACUAUAAGUUUCUGCGUAAUUUUUGUAGGAGAACCGUCCUUUGGAAAUCCAUUUACGGGUUUGAUUAAAGUUCUAGCGAUGAUGGCUGGCGAAUUGGAUUUUGAAGGACUUAUUAAUCAAGCAGAUUUAAUGACAGACGGAUCUUUUGUUAUAUACCAUCCACUUUCAGUUUGCUCUCAAAUUCUUUUUACUCUCUUUAUUGUUUUUGUUACUGUAAUACUAAUGAAUUUAUUGGUCGGCAUAGCUGUACAUGAUAUACAAGGUUUACGAAAUCAUGCAGGUCUCACUAAAUUAGUUCGUCAGACUAAACUGAUACUUUUUACGGAAAUGGUACUGCACAAUGGGAGAAUUCCUUACAUUUUUCGCAAGUGGUUGUCUGAUCAUAAUGUCGAUGUGGAAAAUCGUAAGCGUGUCCUUGUUGUGAAACCAUUGAAUCCGUUAGAAAAGAGACUUCCGAAAGAUAUUCUUAAAGCCGCAUACGAAAUCGCCCAAAACAAUGUCCCAUUAGUGGAUGAAGACAACGAUAGUGCGUUUGAAUAUAUUUCUUGGAUCAAUCAACAAACUGAAGAAGGGUCGGAUACUGAGGUGCAAUUAGCUAUUGAAAGAUUAUUCUUGCAAAUGAAAGCCAGCGAAGAGGAAAUUCAUUUCAUAAAGGACCAAUUAUUAGAUACGAAGAAAAUUCUAGAAAAUAUGAUUACGCAAGUGCUAAAAUCGGAGAGUUCACAUUCCUUCGAACAUGAUAAAAUAAAAGGGAUACACAUGCUCUAUUCACCUCGUAGUAAUAAAAAGCAACGACACUUUUCAGCAAGUUAUGUACAUGAUUAUAUAAAAAAAGGCGAUCCCGUCUUCGCCAGAUUAAGAAAAGCUUACAAAUCUGCAAAAUUAACAACACGAAUUCAUCCCAAAAUGUCAAGUUCUGAACAUGUAGAAAUAGAUUUUGGCGCACCACCACCAAUAGACGAGUCGCUCUUCUUCGACAAAGUGGAACCUGAAAGAAAUCCUGAAAUCGAUGCGAAUAAAAUAAUGAAUCUUAUAUUAUUGAACACGGUGAGCCAUGCAGAAAUGAAAAUACUUACAGAUAUGGAGAAAGGGAUCGUGCCAGAAAGGGAUGGAAUUCUUUUUCCAGAUGCUGGCUAUAAAUUCAGGAAUAUUGCAUUCGCUUUUGCUUGUUUUCGGGGCUUAUCACAUCUUGUAUUCCGGCUAGAAGCCUCUGGAGCAGACAUAAACAAUAUUGACUUUGGAGACGCAACUCCACUCAUGUAUGCUGCUUUUACUGGAGAAAUUGCUUGUUUGAAAUACCUAAUUGAGAGGGGAGCAAAUAUAAAUUACGUUAGCCCUCGGUUUGGUCAUUGUGCAUUACACUCAGCUGCAGCUGGACACUGUCCUGAAACUGCCGAAAUUCUUUUAGAUAAUGGCGGUGACUUAAAUAAUGAAUUGAAUAACCCUGACAUGCUCCCACUUUUACAUCACGCUAUUACAAUAAAGUCAGAAGCCGUUGCAGAGUUAUUCAUCAAGCGAAGAGCCAACCCCACAUAUAAAAACGACAUUGGAGAAACUCCCCUUCAUGUGGCAUGUAGUGCCCAAUCUUUAAAAUGUUGUGAACUUCUACUAGAGAUACCUGAAGUUAAUGUAAACGCUCUUGAUGAAAUGAAUAGGACUCCUUUGCAUUACGCCAUAAUGGCUACCGGAUCCAAUAUUAAGAUAGUAGAACUCUUACUGAAACAUGGUGCGCUGGUUAAUCCAAUAGACAAUACAGGAUUUUCGCCACUUCAUGUUGCAGCUUUAGGAGAACAAUCAGAGUGUACUGAACUACUCAUUAGGAAUGGUGCUGAUCUCAGUGCAACCACAAGUAAAGGAGUGUCAGCCUUAAAUAUUAUUCUUCGAAAAAUACCAGAAUCCUUUCAAGCGUUUCGAAUCAAGAUGGAUUCUUCUAUAAAGUUGAAACGCCCAGGUAAUAAAAACCGGGAAUUUGAGAUGAGAUUUGACUUUGCUUCUAUUCUGCCAAGUGAUGAGAAGCCCGAAACGAGUUUCAUCAACACCUUUAUGCAGGAGAAUCUGACCGAUCUUCUAUCUCAUCCUCUAGUCACAGCAUUUCUCUACCUAAAAUGGGAAAGGAUUAAAAAAUUCUACCUUCUCAAUAUUCUUGCCUACACAUUCCUGCUGAUCUUCAUGAGUACUUAUGUAUUAGCGGCUUUAGCUUAUAAGUGCUCCAAUUUUUCUGAGAAAAAUAAUACCAGCGUUAAUGGUACUAAUAUGAUGUGUUCUUAUUUUGACAAACGGGUAGUAGGACUUAUAUGGUACAUUUGGCUGGCUUUCGUUGUUUUGAUGAUACCAAGGAAGAUCAUGAGUUUCUCAAUUUAUAAGAACUUGAAAGAGUACCUAUGGAAUAUAGACAACAUUCUGGAUACUGUGGUUAUAAUUAGUGUAUUUGCUACGUCCUUUAUUUAUACAGGAAGAACUUAUAAUUGGCAGAAGUAUGUCGGUGCUUUUUCUAUUCUUUGUGCUUGGAUAAACUUGAUGUUCAUGAUCGGUCAACUGCCAGAAUUUGGGACUUAUGUUGCGAUGUUUACUCAUAUUCAAUUUGAAUUUGCAAAACUUUUGUUUGCUUAUUCAGGACUGCUUAUGGGGUUUACUCUGAGCUUCUGUGUAGUUUUUAAUGGAGAUCCAUCAUUUGCAAAUCUAUUAACAGGUUUAAUAAAAAUUCUAACGAUGAUGGCAGGAGAACUUGACUUUGAGGGACUUGUAAACCAUCGACAAUGGAGUAAAAAUGGUUACAUCGUUGUUUAUCAUCCAUUAUCUAUUUGUUCACAAAUUCUCUUCAUCCUUUUUGUUAUUUUUAUUGUUGUAAUUUUAAUGAACUUGUUGGUUGGUAUAGCUGUGCAUGACAUAAAAGGUUUACGAAAUCAGGCAGGUCUUACUAAACUUGUUCGAACGACAAAAUUGAUAGUCUACACAGAAAUGGCUGAGUGCAAAAUAAAAAAUUCCUUAUUUCCUAAAAGACGUUAUUUCAGUAAAUCAAAUACUCAAAUUCGAAAGCAUAUUCUUGUAGUAAGACCAUUAAAUCCACUGGAAAAGAGGCUUCCUAAAGAACUUCUUAAAUCAGCUUAUGAAAUGGCUCAAAAAAAUAAUCCAACUUUGGGUGGUGAAUAUCCUGAUUGUAGCGGUUCGGAUUCGUAUCUGGCAAAAAAGAAAGAAGAGGAUACAGAAACUACUUUAGAAACUGCAUAUGACAAACUUACUUCGCAGUUUAAAAUAAACACUGAUGAACUUCUUGAGGUCAAGGAUCAGUUUCGCGACACUAAAAGAAUGUUGGAAGAAAUCUUGCUGAAGUUAUCUUAA